CAAGCGGAUCUUCAGCACGGGCUGCUCAGGUGGGCUGCAAUGGAUACGGAGAAUAACUGGAGAUCGAUCGACUGACCCUAGUAGUGGAGCAGGAUAAAAUGAACGACUGUUACUUUGCCAAAAAGGACUGGCGGGCGUGCAAGAAAGAGAUGGAGCUGUUUCGCGAAUGCUGGAAGCGUAAUGGCAACGACCAGCGCACGCAAACCAAGGACGCUUGAGGCCUGCCCCAAGUGUAUAUCUCUUACGCCUAGGCCCCUGGACUGCCAACUCAUGUACUAUAUAAAAUAAUGCAAUCCCCCAUCUCUCUCCUCAUCGUGUGAAAACAACCUCCAAAGACCAUGCAUCACGUGACCACAGCCGCAACGUAACCUCCGCAUCCCGUCUCCAACAAAGUUCCAACAGCUUCAAGCCAGCACCACGAUGUCCUUCCCCCAGCUCGCCCGCUCGUUACGAGCAGCAAAGCCCUUCUCGACUCGAACCCGCUUCCCCCAAUCACACAGAGCCCUCACCACCACGACCGCAACAAAGCAAUCCCAAACCGCACCACCACCACCCGCGCCCCCGAAACCAACUUCCCCAGCACAACAACCACCGCCCCAAACCCAACCCCAGAACGCAAACCAACAAGACCGCCACUCCCGAAUCCUCGCCCCAACCCCCUCCCACCAAACCACCCCAAAUAUCAGCAAAACAGGCCUCUCCGACAAACCCCUCUCGUUGGACGCCGACCAAAAAACCCCCGAAAAGAUCGACUGGACAACCUCCUUCCACGGCCUGUCGGCGUCCCCAUUCCCCAAAGAAGCAGCCGAUAUCCUGCUCAAAGAAACAGACCCCGAAGAAGUGGAGAUCAAGCCCGAUGGAAUCCUCUACCUGCCCGAGAUUAAGUACCGGAGGAUAUUGAAUAAGGCCUUUGGACCGGGCGGGUGGGGGCUUGUGCCGCGCAGCGAGAGUAUUGUUACGCCGAAGACGGUUACGAGGGAGUACGCUUUGGUUUGUAAUGGGCGGCUUGUGUCUGUCGCGCGAGGCGAGCAGGACUAUUUCUCUGCGGAUGGGAUUCCGACUGCGACGGAGGGGUGUCGGUCUAAUGCGUUAGUGCGGUGUUGUAAGGAUUUGGGGAUUGCGAGUGAGCUGUGGGAUCCGCGGUGGAUUCGCAAGUUUAAAGCGCAGUAUACGCGCGAGGUGUUUGUGGAGCAUGUGGUUAAUAAGCGGAAGUCGAAGAUUUGGGUGAGGAAGGGGGAUGAUGUUUCUUAUCCGUGGAAGGAGUUGAAGUGAUACCUUUUUCUUUUUCCUUUUGGUUCUUGAUGACGGCGGUGGGGUUUGGGGUGGAUGUAAUUCUGUGAUGUGAUAGAUUUUUCUACCAUGUUGCGUGUAUUAUAGGUUUAUACUGAUUUGUACUAUGGAAUAUCUCCGAUUAUCGCUACGAUGGA